UUCACAUUGAGCCUGUUAUUAAUGGAUAUUCGGGGUACGGGAGUACCGGACGCUUUGCGGGUUUGCGACGACGACGAACACGACGGCAUCUAACCUAGACUGCUCAGGUAUAAGCCCCAACAGACCGCAGCCUCGCGUUGUCACUUAUCCAGACCCAACUACGAUCACCAUCACCACGAAUGGGCAUAACCUUCUCGCGACGCGUCGAUCCUUAGUCUCACGGUGACGGAUCCCGGUCAAAGUCUCCAAGUCGCGCCAUUCGCCAGGCGCUGUUGAGAUGGAUUCGAGCACCACGACAGUACGAACCAUAACCUCCGACUGCGAUUGCGACUGCAGCGUAUCGAAUGCAGCGCCAGGUACGCUGACUCACACGCGUCGAUUUACGACUGCCUUGGGCGCCCGGUAACCUCUCGAGCGUGUGUCUAUCCAAAGCGCAGGCAGGAAGGCAUAUCUGCCAGGCGAUACAGUGAUUGCCACGAUCCGGCUUACGAUAUGGACGCUGCGGAAUAUCAGACUAAUGCUUUAGUGGUUAACAAUAUUUCAUUCAUUGGCUAUGCAUUCUACGAACCCGUCUCCCCGCCGGCGACCUUCUUUGGGCCAGGAGCACUUGAACUCGAAAGCGCAUUGAAGAAUGACGGUUGCUUGGCAUAUGUCGAUGGUACUCGCCGUGGGUUAUGGUGUUUUCGGGUCUGGCGCAAAGAUGGAGCUCCCGGCACCCAGCCCGAGACCUCUGGUUUUGCGAAAUCGGUUCAGAAAUCGGGAUACACACUAUCGUUAGCCGAGGAGGGAGCAUACGAGCCCGCGGCACUGGCGAAAACUCGAGGUUUUGGACCAAAUGCGGCAAAUACCCCGAGUAGCUCCUCAUCCAGCGGUUCUGCUAUUCUAGACCUGAAUUUCAGGAAUCCUUCAUCAGCCACAGCACCGUCUACACAACCUACUCUUGGUCUUUCCGUCGAACAAGAACCGAAGCUGGGGACCAGCAAUGAUGCUGCAAACUCUGCGCCAACCUCAAUACGGGAUACCCAUGGGCACUUCAUAUCUGCUGUUCUUUCGGCGCUAUCGACAGCCUUCUGUGCGAAGACAGGCGCUACUCCAAUGAACCCGCGGACUAUGCUGCUUCCCAAAGUUAUGGAAGACGAAGGUAGCGCAAAUGCACCCAUUCUUGCUUCGUUGCGAGCCUACCUAACAACCACGGGUGUUUUGGUCGCUGAAAUCAGCCUCUCAACAGUGGAAGGUCUAGACACAUUGUCCGACUAUGCCACCCUACCUUCAAUAGGAAUCACCGUCCUAGCUGCCCCUCUAGGUGUAUUCGCGACUUGCCAAAUUCCUGCUGACAGCGAACGCUCUUCGGUAGAGAGCGCCGUUGGACAAUCACCAGAUACGCAGACUCUUCGAUUGCGGUCCGAGAGGGAUGAGAGAUCACACCCGUGGAGGAGCAUAUGCACGAAGCUCUUAGAAGCUCGGAACGGUUCAUGUCCAGUCAGUGGGUCGCAAAAAUGGCUCAACCUUCAGCAAAUUCGUCGAAAACCUACAGAGCCGAAAUUCGACGGUAAGCGCACGCCAUUACCGCAUGCGUCCCCGAACAUAUCAUGGCCUUCCAGUCUCUGCUUCUGCAAGGCACUCUCCAAGCUAUCUUUAAAAGGCGGUGCUGAAGAGCCCCCUCCUUCGGAACCACACAAGUCCUAUGAUCCUCUCACUCUUGCCAAAACGUGGUUCCUGGGCAGUGAUAAGCGAGAUGAGGAAAUGGCCAAGAAGCGCCAAGAGAGGGAGGCCGCAGCCGCGCGUGAGACUGCCUUGUCGGAUGGACAGAUACAGAACACAGCUGGGCUGUCUCCCUUGGCAUUACAACGGCUGGGCAACACAGGACCACCAGCGGGUGCAAUGUAUCCCACGCCGCCCGAUGGCGUACAAAUCCCAGUAGGCGUUACGCCUUCCAUGGAUGGAACGGUAUCUAGCCCGGGAAAUAACCCAAGUGCGAUGGCGAUGGUUGACAUCGACACUGUCAUAACUAUACCCGGGGACACAUAUCAUGAUGGUUGGGAGAACACGGGCGUUAAGCGCGAACGUGCCACCGGUUCGUUCGAAUCGGAGAACCUAUUUGGUGACCUUGGCCCUGACAUGUUUGGUGACAACGAUAUCACGGAUGCUGAUUUCAAUUUCUUUGAUGAACAACCCGACGGCAUGGAACUGACACUCGAUCUACAAGACAUGACAGGCGCGGAUACAAACCUCAAUUUGCAUCCAAAUCUCGACGCUCCAGCAGCAACUGAACUCAAGGUCGAAUCUCCUCAACCACCACCUCACAUUGUUCCUCUGUCGCCUGUGUUCGCAAAACCAGAGCUGAAGCAUGCCCGAAGUUCUUUGACUGAAGAUGCUCGCCGUCCUGUUGAAACACAGCCAGAUCAGCACCAGCAAUCAAGCGGUACAAAAAGGCAGGCGAGCCCUUUCAAUCCAGAUACGGUUUUCAAGCGGAUCCGGGCGUCCCUGGAUAAUCGCAAGGCAUUCCAACAAAAUUCCCAAAUACAAAUAUCACAACCCGGUAGCAUAUUUGACAAGGUCGAUUUCGGGCCUAGUCUAUCUGUUGUUAACAGCAAAUACCAGGGAAACGGUCGUUUUGACGUCUCCUUCAGUCAGGGACCCGGCCCGUCCACAUUCAAUGCACCCCCCACCACCGAAUAUCUCCGACGCCAUAACAGAGGUCGCAAGGGCCUCAAGGAGCCGCCAGCCAAUAUCAGUGAGAUUUUUGUUCGAAUGGUCAACGGGCAAGGCUCUACCUCGCAGCAUCCCAGUCCCACAAAACUGGAUGAUCCCCCAUCAGAUGCUGACGAGAUCAGUCUUGUGUCUGAUCUGGAUGAUUCAAGUUACGAGAGCGACGAACCCCUGUCUCCAGCGAAGCCCACCAGUGUCAGGCGGCGGCGAGGAGACGAUGAUGGAGAAUCUUUGGCUACCUCGUUCAAGGAACUCGAAUGCCUCGAUGCAGCCUCGCCCCAAUUGUCGCUCGACCUGCCUAGGUUCUCCAAGUCGGAAGUUGAACUUUCACUGGCAAAGUACUUUGCCGACCCAGAACCGCCGUCGUUCGAGGUGUCACUUGCCGAUCAAGACUUCGUCAUGGCCGCGCAGAUUCUGAUGGAACAAGCAUCAACUAGCACGCUACAUCUAACGAACGAAGCACACCGGUCCCUUCAGACACAACUUGAUCGCCGGCGCGACUUGCUCAGCAUCACAAAUCAAUCAGUUCAAGACCUCAAGUCGAUGCUCCCAACAUGUUUCGGCGAACCCGUUGACUCCCAAUUCAGGCCAUUCAUGGAGAUUCAAGAUAUUCCUCUCUUGGGCCAGCCUACGAGAAUGCAGCCCCGGCCACCCGGGGUAGAUCAGUUGAAACCCAACAACUUGUUCCAGAUACCGUCCCCUCACUUUGAGUUACGACGGUAUGAAUCAAAACUGUCGGUACUGCCGUCUGCGAUCUCGUUCUGGGAGAGCUUGGGUCUUGGUCCUUCCAAUGGGAACAAGGAUAUCAACGCCAUAUGCAUAUAUCCGGACUUUGCUGGCCUCAAGGACGAUGUAGACUGCUUUCUAGACAGGAUGCAGAGUAUCUACGAAUCCUUGAAAUUGGGCUCCUUCAGUCGCUUAACAGAAUCUGUCAAAAUUCCCGGUGGUUUGCUACCGUAUCAAGUCGACAACCCCAGUGAAACGUUGCAGAGCAUUCCAUCCAUUUUGGGCUCUGCGCAGCUAGCAGGAUUGUCAAAACUCAGUGACGAAUUGUUCCAGCUAACAGCCAAGGAGACAAAUUUCGUUGUGUUCUUUCUAUAUCCUGCGGACACGCCUGGGGCUGUCGUGGAAUCGUGCUAUUCCUUCCAUCAACUCUUCGAGAGGUACAAGAAACUCGUAGCUGCCAGCCGCAGACCGGCUGAGAACGAGAUGGCUCUGCAACUUGUUCCAAUUGAUUUCAUUGCCUCGGCAAGUUCCCUGGCAACACCGUCACCUGUCGACUUUAUCCGACUAGCGAUCGAAACCUACGACCGAUGCACUUUCUUUGGUGGACCCGUACCGUCACCUGCAAUCGUGCUUGAGAAGCCCCUACCACGGAUGAUAGACUUCAAACUGUCUGCGUCACCAUCUGCGUCACUUCUGCACGAGAACACGUGUCUUCAUAUCGCCUAUGCUCAAAGCAUAGACGAACGUUGGGUCACUGCCGCGUGGACAGACAACCGAGGCAGCAAGCAGAUGACAGCUUCAUACUGUCUCGGGAGAAAGGGCAAAUCUAUAGCGACCCCACUGGCGGACGUGGCCCACGAGAUCUGGCAAACAACGCGUGACCUCAUCAGCGUCUGGAAAGUGCAUUGGCGUAUAAUCAUCACCAAAUGUGGCGUGAUGGAGCAGUCGGAAAUUGAGCUUUGGUCCAUAUUGGCGCAGUCAGACCCCAAAUCAAUCACCCUGACGCUGCUCACCGUCGACACGGAUCCGUCACUGCAACUCAUCCCCCCGGCGGUCAAAGUGCCCUACAACGCGCUGGGUGCCCUCUACACCACGCCUGUCUCCACACCCCAAGCGUCUAUGGUCUCCCCCGAGCAGUCGGGGAAUCCGCCUACCCCGUCCCUGCGUGACACGGCGACCAGUGCUCCAACCCCGGGCGGCGGUGACUCUGCGGUGGCGCCAGAGUCAGAUGCCGAUGCGACACUCGUCGACGUGACGGAUCAGACCUGGGGCGCCGUACUCUCGCACCGACUCAAUAACUCCAACUCGCUGACGGAGCUCAACCCAGCCAUAGCGAGUGGAUACCUAGUCAAGCGGAGCGGGACGCGAGUCGAAGACCCGCCCGUCGUAAUGGAGGUUAACAUUGUGCAUAGCGAGGGCAACCCACGCGCUUACGAGACUCUGCUAAGGGAGAUGUUGACGUACUUCCGUGGUCUGGGGACACUGGCGCGCGCCAGGGGCAUGGUGGAAAAGGAGGUCGAUGUACGGCCAUGGCAUAUUGCCGCGGCGGAGAAGGGGGUUAGGGCGCUGUAUCUGUUGAUGUGACCUGAUAUCUGUCGAAGUAUGAUCUGCGAGUCUUUUGCAGAGGUGGCGCACAGGUUUAUAGUAACGUCGUCCAAUUUGCGGACGUCGAGAGCAUACAUGGAAUGGACCAGGGCUUCAGACUGGUUUGGAGGAAGUUGCGGGCGGUGUACUUCCAAACUAGACCUUAAAUCGCAUUCGCAGUGACAUUCCCCGCUGAGACUCAACGCUUCAUCGUCUUUUAGCAAUCGAUGGUGAUCAAAUCGGAAAUCUG